ACCAAGCUGUCCCCCUCCGCCCCCCUCACUCCCCCCCUACUAAGCUUUUCCCCUCUGCCCCACACACUCCCCUGCCUCCAAGCUCUCCCCCUCUGCUCCCACACUCCCCUCCCUCCAAACUCUGUCCCUCCACCUGCAAUGUCCUCAGUGCACACCCUCUCCACACCAACCCCUCCCUCCAAAUUUCUCCCUCACCUCCAAAGCAGCCUCUUUCCAUCUCCAUCAGUAAACAUCCUCUCCCUCCAAAUAUACCUCCACUUCAGGCAUCCGCAUUGUCCAAGCUCUCCUUCCCCACCCACACCAUCUCCCUCCAACAGUGCCCCUUCACUCAAUAAAUAACGUCGAAGUACUCAUCCUCCAUCCCUUGCAUCCCCCUUACUCCCUCCACCUGGACUCUCCAGACCUUCCUCUCCAACAAAGAUGGCUCAUCCUUCCUCUGUAGACACUUCCACUUCCUCCUUCCUCCCAAACUGUCCCUCAUUCGCAUUCCUAACAUACCAUCAAUCCGCUUCGCCAAACAUUCCCAUUUCCUACUGAACAUCUCCCCCUGCUUGAAAACAUUCCUCUUUCUAAAGCAUCCCCCAAAAAGCUCAUUCUCGAAAGACCCUUCCUUCCUCCUCCCUGGCACCCUUUCUACAAACCUCCCUCAAUCCACCCACCUCUAUUUCCUUCUGUUGCCUCUCUUCACCCUCUGUGCCUGCCUCCCUCUCCCACAAUCUGUUGUGAAACUCUACUUUGGCUCAGCUAAACCUGUCUUAAACAUGGGGACACCAAUCACAGACGCAGCCCGUUGAGUUUCUCUAGGACUUCAAGAGCAUACUUUAACCCUUUCCCUAACCCUAAACCAUGUGUUCAACCAUGUGUUUAGUUUUGGAUCAAACUGUUCAGUAAAUUAACUUUAUGUGCAUUCUUGUGAUUUGCCACAUACAUAUCUGUACUGGGAGAAAUAACAUUUGAAUUACCCUUUGAAAAGAAACUUCAAAGGACAACGAAUGAAAUAAAGGACAAUGGCCUCAGCUUCAGGCAACAAUGAUGAUGACUUAACUAUUCCAAGAGCUACCAUCAACAAGAUUAUCAAAGAGGCCCUACCCAAUAUCAGGGUAGCAAAUGAUGCCAGGGAGAUGGUGGUGAACUGCUGCACCGAGUUUAUUCACUUAAUAUCUUCAGAAGCGUAUGAAAUCUGCAGUCAGUCCGAAAAGAAAACCAUCUCACCAGAGCACAUCAUGCAAGCUUUGGAAAGUCUAGGCUUUGGAUCAUAUUUAUCUGAAGCAAAGGACGUUCUGCGGGAAUGCAAGAUAGUGGCCCUUGAAAGGAGGAAGGCCAACUCACGUCUCGAGAACCUGGGCAUCCCUGAGGAAGAACUGUUACGUCAACAGCUAGAGUUGUUUGCGGAAGCUCGACAACUGCAGGCUGCACAGGCACAACAGGAGUGGCUUGGGGUGCAACAGGCUACUCAGCAGGCCCAGCUUGCAGCAGCAACCACCAGGGCUGGGUCUUCACAGGAUGAGGUUGAGGAAGAAGAUGUCUAACCAUCGUUCAAGCCAUCUCGCUCCCUCUCCUGUCUACUUAGGUCCUGCCAUGUAUCAAAAUGGCAGUGCAGAUGGUCAUCAGCCGAAGGUAUCUUGUGCCCUCAACUUGAGUCUGAAAUACUGGCUGUGGAAUUUUAAACAGACUAAAAGAGGGAAGAAAAGGAUAUCAUCGUGCCUUUGGACUGAACUAGUUUAAAAACAUGAUGUGGUCUGAGUUGGACAAAUUACUUGCGUGGAAUUUCAGACCAUAAACUGUUAUAUGUUCAACAGAUUUUGGUUAACUGAAGUUAAAUGUUCAAUGGAUAAAAGUUCAUUGUUUUGUGGGUUUUGCUGAUGUUAGAUAAUUGAAGAUCAUUGCCUUGUUUACAGUUAUGGUAUGAUGAAAGUGGAGUAGGUAUUUCUUUGAAUGUGAGCAUGAUGGUAUGUAUACCUGUAUGUAUGUUUUUAUUUACUGAUUCUCUGUCUAUCCUUCCUGCUACUUAUCAUGAUAGUGUUUCAUGCUGUGAUAAUUUUUUAAGUUUCUCAGCGAGUGGGCAUCAUCAGCAAGAUGCAAUGUAUUGCCUUCUCUGCCCUCUCUAAAUGCUAGGUUGCUGAUGGAAUGUUUUUAGCUGUUGUAUGGUUUGCCAGGCCACAUUAGAGACCCUGAGACUAGAGAGGCACCAGUAAGCGUGGCAUUUUUACUGUGUGUGAAAUAGUUCAUCUCGAUAACUGGCAGCUUUAAGAACAUAAGGAAUAGAAACAGGAGUUGGCCAAACUGGAUAUUUCCAAAAUUCUCACAUAUUUCAUCUGCCCCCAAUUCAUUCUAUCUGUCCUUAUUCCUCAAAACCUCUCUGCAUCCUCCUUACAAUGAAUACCAUCAUCCAGCUUGUAUGGUCAGCAAGCUUGGAUACAAUACACGUGAUCAUCUCAUCCAUUUCAAUGAUACAGAUUGUGUCUAGCUGGGACACUCACUUGUCAUGAAUUCCCAAAUGGAAACUGUGCCAUUUUUCUACCUCCAGGCGUGCCUUAAACAAUCCUUGUGUGAUGCCAGUCUAUUAUCUGAAAUCCCAUGGGUUCUGAUUUUGUUCAGUGAUCUCUCUUGUAUGCGACGUCUCUUCAAAGGCUUGCUGAAAGUUGAAUUACUUUCAAUACAUCCACUGAAUUAGUCCUAUCCAACUUGUUGCAACCCAAAAAAGACUAAUGGAUAUGUGAACCAUAACUCCCAGCCCUAUUGUUUUUCCUUAAUUGCCCUGUAAACUCUACCAUAUUUUUAGAUUCUACCACUUUUCCUGCUGAUGUCAAACUAACUGUAUUUCCCCAAUUUCUCCCUCUCCCUAUCCUAUCCUUUCCUUUCUUAAGUAGUGGAUUUCAUUUGUUACUUUCCAAACUGCAGGAACCAUUUUCAAAAUGAGUUUUGAAGAAUGAUAGCCAACCACAAUUUUCAAAACUUUGGAAUCCACAUCAUCAAACCCUGACAAUUUAUCAAUUUUCAGUCUCCAUUAAUUUGUGCUGUCCUCAUUUCCUUUAGAUCUGUCGGAGUUGGGCCAAAGGGCCUGUUUCUCUGCUGUGUAAUUCUACAACUCCAAAGUUUUAUCGAGGUCUUUUCGGUCUUUCUCUGCCAAUGGCUAUUUGUUACUGGGACAAAAAAUUGGUACAUUGUUUGAAUAAUUAAUAAUGUAUCAUUGGUCAUUCAUUGAAAUGUUAUUUGCACAGUAGGUGCUGUAAAUGUGGAACUUGCUCCCAGAUGUGUUUUUAACACCAGCUUGGACAAACACAUGAGAGGAAAAGGAAUCCGUCGUUAAAUUGAGAAUAAGAUGGAGAGGGGUGGAAGGAAGUUCAUACAGAAUGUAACAGACUGAGCAGGCUUUACCUUCCAGUCCAAUGUAGCCUCUUAAUUCAAAUUACAGUGUAAUAAUGAUUUAAGUGCUUCUGUCCCUUCCUAAGAAAUUGUGCUUGACCCGCACUAUGAGCUGAAUAGAGUUGGAAGUUCCAUCACAAUGCAGCCAAGAUUAUUUGUACAAUGAUGCACUGCCAUCCUUACAAAUGUGAGGUUUUCCUUUUAACUAAAAUAUUUACAAAUGCUGCUUCUUUGUGAUACCUUUUCACAUUGGGGCUUCUUCACAAAGCCAGAAGAUUUGUCUGUCUGUAGCAUCGUCACUAUUGUUUCGUUUCUUCUGAAAGUCCUAUCCACCUCAUUCUUGCUCCUGUAGCUGGUACGGAUGUUGGAGUACUCAAAGUCCAAAGUAAAUUUAUUAUGUAUGUAUACUAUAUGUCACCACAUACCACCCUACCCUGAGAUUCAUUUAAUUGAAUCUCGAGGUGUGGAGUGAUGGCGAACUAUUCAGCUAUAGGCGGCACGAUGCUAAACUAAAUUCAGAUCUUGCUUACUGUUAUUACAUUUGCAUUUUCGGACAAGGUUGUUGGUUAGUAAUCGGGGAUGAGAACACUUUUAGGUUGAAAACCCUUGGCUUCAGCUCUGCUGAGGCAAGCGUAAAACCCAUGUCAUUUCCAGGUAAGAAUGAUGCGUAAGCUCAGUAGAUGUCAUUCCAUAUGGACUUCUUUCCGCUUCCACGGCAGAGGACGUGUCUCCACUCCUGAGACCUCAGUGCAUAAUCCAAGUAGAUCAUUAAAUGCAAUGCUGAGGGGUGGCUGCAUUUUUUAGAUGGGACUUUAAAUAGAAACACUGUCUACCAAUUCAUGGUGAACAAGGAUGAUGUUAUUGGACUUUACACAGAGCAAAUAUCCCCAAUGUCCUGGCUAAUUGUUAUGGUUUAUUACCUCAUUGCUAUAUAUGAGAUCUUGCUAUAAGGAAAUCGAUUGCCACAUUUUGUACAUGAAGCAAUUAAAAGUAUUAAU